AUGCACGCGCUCAUGUGGAAGGAGCUCGAGACGAGCCAGGGCGAAAAUGCCCUACACUUUGCUGCUGGCUGUGGCAGCCUUGAGGUCCGCUGCCAGCAGCAUGCGGUGUUCCCGUGCAUGCGUGGGAGAGCACGGCCGUGCACGGUUGAAGGUGUGCCAUGCGCUGCUGGACCGCCAUCCAGACCUGAUCCUUCAGGAGAUGUUUGCUUGGAUGGGCUUGUGCUGGCAUAUUGCGCGAAGAGCUUCCGGUGCGAAGAGAUUCCGUGCUCUUUUGAAUUGCAUGGGCAGGAGGAUGCCAACGGCCACACGCCGCUGUUCUGGGCCGUGGCUCAGCCAAGUGCUGUGCGACGCUCCUCGAGGCCAAAGCAGAGGUCGGUCUCCGUACUCCGCAGGAGAACAGAUGCACCACUUCUGGAGAUUCUAGAGGACCGGGAAUGUUUCGCUCAGCCCAGCUUGUCGAAGAAGGAGUGGACGGCGCUGCACGCGGCGGCCGUGAAAGGCCACACUGAAGUGCUCCAGACUUUGCUUCCUCAUUGUUCCACCGAAGUGAUCCUAGCGCUUGAUCGCCAUGGGUGCAGCGCCAGGGACCUUGCGAAGGCUGGGCAUGAGGAGGCGGCAGAGGUCCUGCUUCAACCUGAGGUCGAUCGGCACCUGGCGCGCUCAUGCCACUGCUGUGUACCGAAACAGCCAGAGGUCAAGCUUUCGGACUUGCUGGCAGCUGCACUACGCAUCCAGGCUCCGGUUCUCGAAAAAGUGGGCCAUGACGCGGUGGAGCUCAGCUGCCACGUUGUGGAUCUUCAGUUCCGAGUGAGUGGCUAUGUCGUGGAGGUUAAGCACUGUGGCGGCCCAGACGGGGCUGCGCCGGCCCGCGUCUACUAUGCUCGGACAGUGGAGCAGCGUAAGGUGGAGUCUGUGGAGUUCCUGGUUCCGAGAAUCCGGUCAAGCGGGCAGGCCGUGUGGCAGCGAGGGGAGAGAUACAAAUUUCGCAUACGCGGCUGCUGUGAACGGCGCUUGGCACCUGAACCUGGCGCACCCCGGCAGGUGGUAUCCGAUUGGUCGAUAUCUGCAUGUCUCACCCCUCAAUGUCGACAUAGAGCUUCCAGCGCUCGAGCCGCUCGAAUUCGAAGGCUCAGCUCCUUCCCCAGCUUCCGAAGGAUGUGA